UCCUAUAUAUUUUUUCAAUAGCUGAUCUUAGUAAUUGCAUUUUGCAAUUUAAUAAAUAUUUAAAUAAAAUUAACAAAACGAUUAUUUCAAUGAAUUAAUAAAAUAAUAUAAAAAAACAAGUUAAAUAAAAAUAUUUAAACUAUAUAAAGCCACUUACCAUUUAAAUCAUAAACUGAAAAUGUUCUACCAUUUAAAAAACCCUCUAAAGAUUUAUAUUCCAUUAACAAGAUCAUUAACACAGAAGGCCACCUCGAGUCAAAACUCACUAGAAUAUUGUGCAAAUAUUGUAAGGUAGACAGCACGAUUAUGAAAAUUACUUAGCAACACUGCUCAUGACCAAAGCUCUUCGAUCUCCAGCUUUUGUUGUACGAGCUUUCAAUGCUGAAAUAGCUCGGGUUCAGGAUCAAACAACAGAUCCUCAAACUGCAGCAAUGAGACUUCAGUUCUGGCAUGAUGCUGUCAACUUGAUUUAUCAAAAUCAGCAGUCAUGUAACAUACCUGCCAAUCCCAUAACUCAAGAAUUAUACAAGGUUUGUAUUAGUUAUAAAAUACAAAGAAGAUACCUAGAAAGGCUAAUAUCAUCAAGACAAAGUUUACUCAAAACAAAAUACUUCAGAACAAUGGAAGAUGUAGAGAUAUACACUGAGAAUACAGUCUCAACAAUUUAUUACUUACUUCUCUGUAUUGCGGGUGUAACAAAUGUUCACGCAGACCAUGCAGCAUCCCAUUUGGGUAAAGCACAAGGAUUGGCUAAUAUACUCAGGUCAGUCCAUGUAUUCAAUUAUCACAAGACAGUAUCGUUGCCAAUGGAUAUAUUGAUGAAACAUCAAGUUAGUCAAGAAUCUGUUCUUAGAGGAAAUGAUAAUGAAAAUAUGAGAAAUGUCAUAUUUGAGGUAGCUAGCAGAGCAAACAGCCACUUGGAAAAGGCAAGAAGUAUUGAAGUACCAAAAAUAACAAAUCAGAUUUUCUUACCAGCAAUUGCUAUUGAUAAAUUUUUAACAAAACUUCAGAAAGUUAAUUUUAAUGUAUUUGAUAAAAGAUUACUACAGGGUAGUCCAACAUUGCCUUUAACUUUGUAUUACAAAAGGCUUCUAAAUAAAUAUUAAAAAAUGUAAUAAACUAUUUAGGCAAUUU